UCUCUCUCCAUCUAGUCUCUUCGGAAUCGAAACACGUAAAUCAAUCAAAAUUAAAUAAAGUCAUUUCAAGUCCGUCAGCGUCGGUGCGAAGAAGGGAAGAAAAGCCACUUCCGCUCCCCCACUCCGUCGCUCGAUCCUGUCCGAUUCUCCGGCCUCAUUGCCACCGGAAUGUAAGAUUCCGGCUACCUCUAUCCGGCCACACCGCUGCUCACCGCCAGUUGCUGAAAUGAGCGGGAUUCACAACAGCAAAACUCGGGGUUUUGAGAAACCAUUUCCGGGAUGCUUGGGAAGAAUGGUUAACCUCUUUGAUUUGAAUGCAGGCAUGCCUGGAAACAGGAUGCUUACUGACAGACCCCAUCAGGAUGGUUCUCCACUUUCAAGAAGUCGAUCUGAUGUGGCAAGGGUAUCAAGUCCCACUGGAGAUCAGGUAGAGGAUAAACCGAUGGUGUCUGAGUUAAGCAGAAUUUCAAACAGGAAGUCAAAUGGGACACCCAUGAAGAUGCUCAUAGCCCAAGAAAUGUCAAAAGAAGUGGACUUGAAGCAUAACCCGCCCGGUGUGGUUGCCAAGUUGAUGGGUCUUGAUGCCCUCCCAGGCCGGCAGCCUGAUCUAUCUCCACAAAGAAGCCAUUCAAAUGGUUAUUCACGAAAUAUUUCCACUCAUUCAGGGAUACCAUUGGGAUGUUGGCAGCAAGAACAUGGCUUCUUUGACAAGCAAAUGCAAAAUGAUGGUCAUUGUUGUCAGGACCAGAAUGACUAUAAAGAUGUUUAUGAAAUCUGGCAGCAGUCUCAGAAAACCAAUUACAUAAGAGAUAAAUCGCCACAGAAGGGAAGACAAGGUGAUAAUGCAAAUGAGAAAAAGAUGGCUCUUGUUCGCCAAAAGUUCAUUGAAGCAAAACGUCUGGCCACAGAUGAAAAACUUCGCCAGUCUAAAGAAUUUCAAGAUGCAUUGGAAGUUUUAAGUUCCAACAAAGAUUUGUUCCUGAAAUUUCUGCAAGAACCAAAUUCCCUGUUUACUCAGCAUCUAUAUGAAUUGCAGUCUAUUCCUGCACCUCCUGACACUAAGCGUAUCACUGUCCUUAAGCCUUCAAAGGUGAUGGACAAUAACAAAUUUGCUGCAUCUGGAAAGAAGAUUGAAAAACAGAUAAGGAAACCAGUCCAGACAGGUCAAGCAAAUUGUUGGGAAAAAAAUAAUCCUGGAUAUUGCCCUCCUUUUUCCAAUCAGAAAGCUGAUGAAUAUCCUCCUCAACCAACUCGAAUAGUUGUACUGAAGCCUAGCCCUAGUAAGGCUCAUGAAAUCAAGGUUGUUGUUUCUCCACCUUCCUCAUCUCCAAGAGUACUGUGUGAUGAAGAUUUCCAUGGGGAACCAGAUGAUGAUGAGGCACGUGAAUCAAGAGAAGUGGCAAAGGAGAUCACAAGGCAGAUGCGUGAAAAUCUGAGUGGUCACAGGAGGGAUGAAACUUUGCUUUCUUCUGUGUUUUCCAAUGGUUAUAUUGGUGAUGAAAGUUCAUUUACUAAAUCAGAAAAUGAGUUUGCUGUAGGAAACCUUAGUGAUUCAGAAGUCAUGUCACCAACUUCGAGGCAUUCUUGGGAUUAUAUUAAUAGGUUUGGGAGCCCGUAUUCUUCCUCCUCCUUCAGCCGAGCAUCAUAUUCUCCAGAGUCAUCAGUUUGCAGAGAAGCCAAGAAGCGUCUUUCUGAAAGAUGGGCCAUGAUGGCAUCAAAUGGUAGUUGUCAGGAACAGAAACACGUUCGGAGAAGCUCUAGUACAUUGGGUGAGAUGCUUGCUCUUUCUGAUAUAAAGAGAUCAGUAAGACUCGAGGAAGUGGAUAUUAGUAAAGAACAAGAUCCACGGGGAUCAACUUCAUGUGUGACUAGUAAUUUGGUUAAGGAUGAAGAGGCAGAUAAUUCUCCUAGAAAUCUUCUGAGGUCAAAAUCUGUCCCUGUGUCAUCCACAGUUUAUGGUGCCCGACUCAAUGUUGAAGUUUCGCAUCCAGAGGUUGGCAAAACACAUGUUCCUAAGGAGCUGACGAAGGCAAAGAGCACAAAAUCAUCAUUCAAAGGGAAAGUUUCAAGUUUAUUUUUCUCUAGGAGUAAAAAAUCAAGUAAAGAAAAAUCUGGUGUAUCUCUAUGUAGAGAUGAAUCUCCAUCUGCCACUGCUGAAACUCUUCCAGUACAUAUGACUGCUGGAAAAGUUUGUGAUGAUGUGUCUCAGUGUGCUAAUGACAGUGGCACUGAAGAGGGCAUAUCUCAUGGUCUACGCAGAUCAUCAAGCAAACCCUCUUCCCCAGAUUUAAUUGGAAUGGUACCAACGCAAUCCAUAAUUUCUAAUGAGGCUGGAUUGUCUGUGGCAAAGCCUGUCACACCCGGAAACUCAAGUGAGAGUCAGGACCAGCCAAGUCCAAUUUCAGUCUUAGAACCACCUUUUGAAGAGGACGACAACACAAAUCUAGAGUUCGCUGGCAAUAUCAAGACAGACCAACAGGGUACUCAGGUUCUUGUUCAUCCUCUUAAAUCAAACUUGAUUGACAAAUCACCCCGUAUAGAGUCAAUUGCUCGGACUCUAUCAUGGGAUGAUUCUUGCACAGAGACUGCUACACCAUACCCAUUGAAACCCUCCUUGGCUUCCUCAAGAGCUGAGGAAGACGAACAGGAUUGGCUUUUCUUUGUUCAAACACUAUUAUCAGCAGCAGGCUUUGACGACAAUGUGCAAACCGACACAUUUUUUUCCAGAUGGCAUUCACCCGAAACCCCAUUGGACCCAGCAUUGAGAGACAAAUAUGCAGAGCUGAAUGACAAGGACAUCCUCCAUGAGGCUAAGAGAAGACAACGGAGAUCAAAUCGGAAGCUAGUUUACGACUGUGUAAAUGCAGCACUUGUGGACAUCACAGAUUAUGGGCCGGACUGUACGCAAAGGGCCAGGAGGUGUAGUGGGGCCUACAACACAGGGGUAGAGGGUGGAUCAUCCUCACCCAUCCUAGUGGAGCGGGUGUGGGCCAGGAUGAAGGAAUGGUUUUCUGGUGAGGUGAGGUGUGUUUGGGGUGAGGGUGGGGACAACGACCUGGUGGUAGAGAGGGUGGUGAGGAAGGAGGUGGUAGGGAAAGGUUGGGUUGAGCACAUGAGACUGCAAGUAGAUAAUAUAGGGAAGGAACUAGAAGGGAUGUUGCUUGAAGAGCUUGUGGAAGAGGCUGUGGUUGAGUUGACAGGUAGAGUGUGACGAGGCAUUUCCUUUUUAUUAUUAUUAUUUUUUUUCUUCAAAUCUCCAAACCAACCCACCACCCCCCUCCCCUGUUUUUUAUUUGUAACUCUAUUAUUUGUGUAUCCUGAUUUUCAGCACUCUUAUUUGUUUAAUGCUGCAAAUUAUUGGAAUGCGUAUUUCUUUGAUGUUU